AUUGGAUGCAGGAUGAAAAUCGCACUUUAUUCUAUUUUAAAAGCGCAGUUUACAAAGAUUAUUUAAUUCAGUAUACGAAUACUCGAAUGAAUGGUGUAGCUUAAUGAUAAUAAACCUUCACGCGAAAGUCUAACAGAAACACUUGAACAAUACAUUUUUGGAAACCAACCAUACCAGUGAACGUAUACCUUGCAACUGAAAGCUUCGAAUAUAAUCAGGUGAAUAGUAGACUUUAUUCCUGGGGAAACAUUCAUGACUUUGACACGACGAUUGUUUAUUUACAUUUGGUUGCCACAGAAACCGACGCGUAAACAAACCAAGUCAAAAAUUAUAUAAUAAGCAGUUUCUCUACGGUCUCAAACUUAGCGACUAUAAAAAGACUGUUAUUCUGUGUGCGUGUGUUAGAAAAUAAUUUAAGCUUUGGAUCCCCAAUUACAUUUACCACGCGUAUAGGAUCUUUUGUUUACUUCCAUUCCUAAAGUUUGAAUGGACAAAGGUCAUUCAUAGCACAGAACUUUUUGUAUCUUAUUUUAUAUAUUAUUUUUUGGCCAGUUAAUUUUUUUUUUUGUUCGCGUUUAUUCAAACCCUUUUUGGUUGUUGCAAUUAUAAUUUUCUAAUGCAAUCUGUAUACUCUUUGCUCCUACUGGCCAUUAUAAGCCAAGUCACUUGGGCGUUGAAUUUCAGUAACCAUUCUACUGUCGUUGGUUACUGGGGCUCGAACUUGUCUGGUGAACUGGGCUACCGUGACCAAAAGCCACUUGCAGACUACUGCAAGUCCUCGAACUAUGAUGUUGUAAUUUUAUCCUCCGUUAUUGACUUUAGUGUUAACGGCUGGCCCGUCUAUGAUUUUUCGAACUUAUGCAGUGACAGUGACAAAUUUAGAGGUACUGAACUGAAACAGUGCCCACAAAUUGAAAGGGACAUUCAAGUUUGCCAACAGGAAGGCGUUAAAGUGUUGCUUUCCAUCGGCGGUUAUAACGGAGAUUUUACUAUUGACGAUGAAGAUGACGGACAGAAAUUCGCUUUCCAAAUGUGGAAUGUCUUUGGCGGUGGUCAAGAGUUAUAUCGCCCUUUCGGUAAAGCCGUUGUUGAUGGUUUUAAUUUAGAGGUUAACAAGGGUACCAACACUGCUUAUUCUGCGUUUGCAAAGCGGUUGCUCGAGAUCUAUACUUCGGAUCCCGAUCGAAAAUACUAUUUAUCAGCAGCCCCUACUUGCAUGGUUCCUGACAAAACGCUAACGAAUGCCGUUGCUCAUAACUCCUUUGACUUUCUUUCUAUCCACACAUUCAAUGCUUCUACUGGUGUUGGUUGUAACGGAAGCCGCAAUAGUACUUUUGCUGCUUGGGUCGAAUAUGCUGAGGACAGUGCCUAUGACACUGAAACUGCACUUCUAUAUGGCAUCAUUGCCCAACCAAAUGCUGCGGUUGAUGGCUACAUGAAUUCUUCCAACUUGAUCUCGACUUUGCAAGCGUACAAAAGUAACAGCUCUCUUUUUGGUGGUGUAGCCGUCUGGGAUACUAGCUUAGCUGAAAUGUCUUACAACACAUCUACUUCUUAUAUCGAUAUUGUGCGAAAUGUUCUAAAGGGUGGCUCUGUUGCAAAUUCCUCAAGAUUGUCAGAAUUCGCCCGCAUUUCUCCUGCUUCUUCCUCUUCAAGCUCUACAGCCAAGCCUUCCACGUCGGUUUCCGUUAGCUAUGACAAAGUACCUGAAAUUUCUACAACAACCGAUUAUGAGACGUUUUAUACGACCACAACGAUUCUUUCUACCAUUGGUGAUAGCAGCUUUAUUACAAACACUGCCGUAUCAACAAUGACAAAGCCCGCUUCUACCAGCAAGGAUAAGUCAACGACCAUUUCCAGUUCUACCAGUAUCCCCUCCAGUACUUCUUCAACUAGCGGUCCCUUGUCUUCUAAAAGCAGCCCUACAUAUAUGAACCCCACUGGUUCUGUUUCCUCAGAUAACUCAAGUACCUCGGUUGCAAAAACUAGCAACACAUCGCUCUCUUCUUCAGACUCUAUUUCAAAGAGUAACCAAUCGUCGACGAGCAUAGUUAGUACAAGCUCAACCUCGACAUCCUCUUCAAGUAUUAAUUCUUCGUCACCACCCAUGCGUAACUCUACCUCCCAAGGAGUUACUUCAGCAUCAUAUCAAAGUGCCCCUGGCAGUCCACUGGUCAAUUCUACUUCUGCAACCCAGUCGACUUCAGUUUCUGCUACCAAUCACUCUAUCACUUCUAUGAUGGCUACAAAUAGCUCAGUUUUGGCUCCUACGACAACAUCUACGUCUUCUUCACUAAAUGCGACCGUGCCAUCUUUAAGUUCGUUCGCACAUUCUGAAGCUCAUAAGGGCGUUGUAACAGAAUCUUUCGAUGCCUAUAAUACCUUUACAAACAAGGUACCUUCACCAUCAUCGUCUUCCUACACUUACUUAAGCACCUUUGCUUCAGACAGCGAUGCUGCUUUUACUUCUCAGUAUACCAUGAGUACAUACAAUACUGAUCCAAAAAUUCCAUUGGAUAGUCCCAGCUCUUCAACAUCUAUUCCCUUAGAACUCGCUUCUUCUGAUAUGUCUUCGAGCUCAAUUACUCCUACUAGCACAAUGCCGUCUUCAACUUGGGGAGCUACGCCUUUAUCAUCCAAUCUCAACCAAGUUCCAUCCAGUGUUUUUUCUGAAAGUACUACUACUCCUAUUACUGAUAGCACCUUUACAUACGGCUCAUCUGAUACUGCGGGCACCCCGCCUUCGACUUCAUUCUCUAGUACUUGGUCUUCAGAAACUCCCGUUUCUAGUUCAUACAACCCAUCCACUAAUAGCUGGCCUACAGUGACUUCUUCCUCGAAUUCCUAUUUUCCAUCAUCUAGUACUUGGUCUUCAGAAACUCCCGUUUCUAGUUCAUACAACCCAUCCACCAGUAGCUGGCCUACAGUGACUUCUUCCUCGAAUUCCUAUAUUCCAUCAUCUAGUACUUGUUCAUAUAACCCAUCCACCAGUAGCUGGCCUACGGUGACUUCUUCUUCGAAUUCCUAUAUUCCAUCCUCUAGUACUUGGUCUUCAGAAACUCCUGUUCCUAGUUCAUAUACUCCAUCAUUCACUUCGUCAUCUUGGGAACAAGCAAGUAGCUCAUUUACUGAUGCUUCGUCGGCUGAAUCUGUAUCCACUAGCAGCUUUUCUUCAGAAGCAUCUACAACAGCAUCUAGUUCGAUGUCCAUUGUUACUAGCAACAGCGUAGACCCGAAUGUGAAUACGGCUGACAAGUGGUAUUUGACCGCUUUAUCUACUUUCAGCGUACCUGAUGGGUUUGCUUGGUCGAAUAUCAAUGGAUUUUCAGUUUUGAUGCCAUCUGGAAAUGCCUAUAAAAAACGCAAUAUGGAUAUCAAAGCUACUUCCAGUCCGCUGCCGUCCGACACAUGGAACACCUUUGUCACUAAAACAUCCGUCACAAUUUAA